CGCGCUGCACGGCUCGGUUGCUUCUCUGGUGCGGCGAGCCCCGAAGACCGGGAGCUGGGUGGGUCUGGGCGGGCGGCUUCCCGGCUAGGAAGACCGCCGGACGUGGACAGCAGCAGCCUUCGGAGUCGCGGUGCAGUCGGCCAGAGCCACCAUGGGGACCACAGCCCCGGGCCCCAUUCACCUGCUGGAGCUCUGUGACCAGAAGCUCAUGGACUUCGUGUGCAACAUGGACAAUAAGGACCUGGUGUGGCUCAGGGAGAUCGAGGAGGAGGCCGAGCGCAUGUUUACCAGAGAGUUCAGCAAAGAGCCGGAGCUGAUGCCCAAAACUCCUUCUCAGAAGAACAGACGGAAGAAGAGACGGAUUUCCCAUGUUCAGGAUGAAAACAGAGACCCCAUUAGGAAAAGGUUGUCGCGCAGAAGGACACGGAGCAGCCUGCGGAGCUCCCGGCACCUGCGCAGCAAGGACAAGGUGGAGAAGCUGGCCGUGGCGGUCGGGGACAACUGCUCGCCCGUGCUGCGGCGGGUCACCCGCGCCGCCGCAGCCGCAGCUGCCGCCUCCACGGUGCCGUCCGCGGCCCCCUCGCCGCUCGCCGAGUCUCCCACAGAGCCCACCAGGAAGCCUGCUGUGCCCCUGGUGGAGAUCAGCGCCAGCGAGCGCCACAGUGCCGAGCAGCACCUGCAGCAGGUCCAGGCCGCCCUGGCGCUGUCUGGGUCUCCGGCCAGGACACCGGCCUCCCAGGGCAUCCUGACAUCCGAUGAGGAAGCCACACCCAAGAAGGCUGAGGCCGGGAGACUGGAGUUGGUCACAGUGAGCUCCCUCGUGGCCACCCCCCAGGACCCCAAGAGUCGAGGGGCCGGGGCAGGGCGGUCGGCCUCCAAGCUGAGGAUCGCGCGGGCCUCCCCGGGCUCUCCGGACUCUCGGGACUCUCCGUGGCGGGAGCGGGUGCUGGCUCCCAUCCUGCCCGAUAACUGCUCCACGCCCACGGGCCCGCGUGCAGAGACUCGGCCGGUGCGGCGCAGCCUCAUCGCCUCCACCUCCCCGCAUGCCCGCGUUUCCCUGGCCCAAAAGUACUCCCUGGUGGCCAAACAGGAAAGCAACCCCCGCAGGUCAAGCAGGAUCACCAAGAAGGCUGCCCAGGAGCCAGCUGCCUCCGCCCGCAUCAUCUGCCAUAGUUACUUGGAGAGGCUCCUGAACGUCGAGGUGCCCCAGAAAGUCAGCCCCACACAGGAGCCCAGCAAGGAGGCCGACCCUCUGGAGGCAGCUGAGCCGGAGAUACCUUGGAUCUUCCCGCAGGUCCCCAGCAAUGCAGGGAAUACCUCGUGGCCACACAGUGCCACCAAGAUCACCGUUAGUACACCAGGCUUGAAGCCUGCAGCUGGUGGCCAGGACACGCCCUCUGAAGGGCAGCGAGAGGCCACGGCUGACCAAGCAGAUGAGCCCAGAGAGCCACCUCAGAGCGUCAGGAGGAAACGCAGCUACAAGCAGGCCAUGUGUGAGCUGGAUGAGGAGCAGCACCUGGAGGACGAAGAGCUGCAGCCCCCCAGGAGCAAGACCCCCUCCCCGCCCUGCCCCGCCAGCAAGGUGGUGCGGCCUCUCCGGACCUUCCUGCACACAGUGCAGAGGAACCAGAUGCUCAUGACCCCGACCUCGGCCUCGCGCAGCAGUGUCAUGAAGUCCUUCAUCAAGCGCAACACUCCCCUGCGCGUGGACCCCAAGAGCAGCUUUGUCGAGAAGGAGCGGCAGCGCCUGGAGAACCUGCGGCGGAAGGAGGAGGCCGAGCAGCUGCGCAGACAGAAGGUGGAGGAGGACAAGCGGCGGCGGCUGGAGGAGGUGAAGCUGAAGCGAGAGGAGCGCCUCCGCAAGGUGCUGCAGGCCCGCGAGCGGGUGGAGCAGAUGAAGGAGGAGAAGAAGAAGCAGAUCGAGCAGAAGUUUGCUCAGAUCGACGAGAAGACCGAGAAGGCCAAGGAGGAGCGGCUGGCCGAGGAGAAAGCCAAAAGGAAGGCAGCAGCCAAGAAGAUGGAGGAGGUGGAGGCGCGCAGGAAGCAGGAGGAGGAGGCCCGUAGGCUCCGGUGGCUGCAACAGGAGGAGGAGGAGCGGAGGCACCAAGAGCUGCUGCAGAAGAAAAGGAAGGAGGAGGAGGAGCAGGAGCGGCUGCGCAAGGCGGCCGAGGCCAGGCGGCUGGCGGAGCAGCGCGAGCAGGAGCGCAGGAGGGAGCAGGAGCGGCUGCAGGCCGAGAGGGAGCUGCAGGAGAGGGAGAAGGCCCUGCAGCUGCAGAAGGAGCGGCUGCAGAGGGAACUGGAGGAGAAGAAGAAGAAGGAAGAGCAGCAGCGUCUGGCAGAGCGGAGGCUGCAGGAGGAGCAGGAGAAGAAAGCCAGGGAAGCCGCGGGGGCCAGCAAGGGCCUGAAUGUGACCAUGGACGUGCAGUCUCCUGUUUGUACCUCGUAUCAGAUGACUCCACAAGGGCACAGGGCUCCCCCCAAGAUCAACCCAGAUAACUAUGGGAUGGACCUCAACAGCGAUGACUCCACUGAUGACGAGGCCCAUCCCCGGAAGCCCAUCCCCACCUGGGCCCGAGGCACCCAGCUCAGCCAGGCCAUCGUCCACCAGUACUACCACCCCCCAAACCUUCUGGAGCUCUUUGGAGCCAUUCUCCCACUGGACUUGGAGGACAUCUUCAAAAAGAGCAAGCCCCGUUAUCACAAGCGCACCAGCUCUGCUGUCUGGAACUCACCUCCUCUGCAGGGCCCCAGGGUCCCUGGCAGCCUGACCUACAGCCUCAAGAAGCACUGAGGCAGGCUGUGGCCUCCUUGGCAGUCUCUGCUCCUGUCGCUGUCCGUCUGUCUCUCUCUGUGUCGGUCUGGUGUCGGCCCGCCUGGUGUGCCAGGCUGAGGGCUUGGUCAGUUUUAUGUCAAUGUCCUCCACGUGCCAGAUGUUUCUGCUGUAGGUGGAAGGUGGCUCCAGACCUGUUUGGAGGAUGGGUGUGGUGGGUGCUUGGGGAGGAACCAGGCUGAGCCCCAGCCUGCCCACAGGCAGCACUCUGUAAAUAGGUUGUAAUUCAGCUGAGUUUUUGUCUCUAGUGUCUUGAGAGCUAGAUUAAUAAAGUGUAUUCCUUCAAGCCUGCCGUGGGUAUUGUGAAAACUGGGGGGCCUCAGCACCACGCCCUGCAGCUGUGGGCCACUUGGAGGGGGGCAUCAAGGUCGCCUGUUGGGAGAUCCUACCCCCAGAGAUAGUGAUGCAGCGGGAAUCCGGGUGCCUGGACAACCCCUGGGAAAAGCACACCUGUUCCUUUCAUGAUGGAGCAGGUGAAGGUGCUUCCUGUUUUUCUGGGUGCUCCUUGUUUGUAAAGAGGAGCUUGUCCCCUGGGAGCGACCUGGAUCUUGACAGCUCUGUCGUUCCUCAAGCUUCACCCUUGCUGCAUGGGUGGUCAAGGAACCUGAGGAAGUCUGUGUGUACUGCUGAAACAUGGCUGAACUUAGAAAAGGGGGGGUUCCCUCAGAACCAUCUUGGGACCAGUGCUUGCAGGCUGAGAGGUUUCCCCAACCAAGCAGACAGCCACUAACUCAAUGCUUAGUGCCAGUGAAAGCUGGCCCUGGUCCUGCCCACUAGCUGCCUGCUGUGUUCUUCAGUGCACACCCUCUGCUGCUCUGUCCGUAGAAGAGGGGCUGGCAAGCCAGAGCCCAUGGGCCAGGUCAAGCUGCAUUCAGCUUUCUGAAGUUUUUUGGAACACACUUAAUAGAAACCUUGUCCUUUUUCACCGGUUACCUCCAGAUGCUCUGCUUCCAGGGCAGAUGGGUCAUGCAGCUGAAGCCAGGUGGCCUGCAGACUUGAAAACAUUUAUGAUCUGAACCUUUACGGAAAAAGCAUGCUGACCCUUGCUUUAGGACAAAAUAAAGGCUAAACACCAGAGCCUUUAAUAAGUGAGAAAAUAAUGAACACAGAACAGUAGACUGGAGUCUGGAAGAUUCUACCUGUUUUAGGAAGCCUUUUGUCCAGAGAGGGACUUCUUAGGAAGGUGGAAGGUGUAUUUUGGAUGACAGCUUUGGAGGUUCAUGGUCCAAGGUGGGCAGCCUCACUGGUUUGCGGGUGGUAAUGGAGGUGGAUGGUGGAGUGAGUGCAGAGGGAGCACCACACGGUGAGCAGAGACCUGGAGCUCACUCAUCUGUCCCUGUCCACGUGUCUGUAUAAAGAUCCUGGCGACUCCACACUAGCAACUAAUCCAAUCCAGUCACUUCCCAAAGACCUUGCCUUCAGACCACAGUUGGAUCACACCUUGACCCUCCGAUGCCAUUGAUAUGAGACGGGUUUAAACAUCUUCCUGACUUGGGAAUCAAAUCGUGUUCAGGGCACUAUCAAUGCAAAGCAAAGCACUUAUGGUUGGUUGGAAUAUGGUACCCAACUUACAUUUGUUCCUUAUGUUCUGAAUGGAUAGUUGUGUAAGCUGAUGAGUUGUUUUUGUCUAAAAGCCAGUAGCAAAAUAUUUUUGUGUGCAUAUUGAUGCAGUGUGUUCAAGACAAGGUUGUUACUCAGCAGAAAGGUAAUUCCAGGUGCUCUGUGUCUGCAGCACUGGGUUUUGUCAGUGUUUCCUCGUUUAGCCAUUCUAGCAGGUGUGUAGUGAUCAUUCCUCAUGGUUUUAAUUUGCAUUUCCCUAUGGCUGGGGAGGGUGAAUGUCUUCCCAUGUAUUUAUUUGCCGUUUGUGUAUCUUUGGUGAAGAGUGUUCUCAAGUCUUUUGUACCUUUUUAAAUUGGGAUGAUUUCUUUCUCACUGUCGAGUUUAUGAAUCUUUCUGUACUGUGAAUACAAAUCUGUUGUUGGGUUUGUGCUUUGUAGCAUUUUCUCCCAGUCUGCAGCGUAUCUUUUUGUUUAACAGUGUCUUUCACAGAGCAGGACUUUUAAUUUGGCGAAGUUCAAUUUAUCAAUUUUGUUUUCCUUUAUGGGUUGUGCUUUUUUGGUGUCAUGACUAAAAAAUCUUGGUCUACCGCCCCAGCUACCAAAGACUCUGUGUUUUAUUUUUGUACUUGUUGCAUUUUGAUUUAUGAUCUAUUUUGAGUUAGCAUUUUUAAAAGUGUGAAGUUUAUGGUUUUUGUUUGUGUUUGAGUGCAUAUGCGUGGAUGUCUAAGUUGGUCCAGCACCAAUUGUUGAAAAGGCUGUCCUUUCUAUACUGAAUCCCUUUUGCCUCUUUGUCAAAAACCAAUUAGCCAUAUUGUUGGGCCUGUUUUCUGGAUGUCUUACUCUCUUCCACUGAUCUGUGUCUCUCCUUUUGUCAAUGCCAUGUGGUCACGUUUACUGUAGCUUUGUAAUAAGUCUAAAAAUCUAGUAGUGAAAUUCCUUCAACUUUAUUUUUCCUUUUUAAAAUUAUUUUGGCUAUUCUAUCAGGUUUUACUUUUCCAUGUGAAUUUUA